AUGAAGAAACAGCAGGGCUCUGGCUAUCCAGUUGGAAAGCUUGGCAAAUCCUCCCAGAGAACUCAUAAAAGAAAAGGACAAGGCAAGCAAAACUUCGGCUGUCACUGUGAUGCUAAUCUUUGCCGCUGCGAGGAAAGUUUGCAAGGGUUUAUUUUCUCAACACCGUGCCAUGCUGUCUUUGCCUUUCUCAAUCCCUUGCUAAUUGGUGUCAUUCAAGUUAAAUUCCAAGGCACAGCUCAGUCUCCAUUUCAAACAAGCUUACCAAGCAUGUGGGCUUUUCUGCUGGCAACAAUCAUCUAUUGCUUUGCAUUCGCUGCCAACAUGAGAUUUAAGUGCACUUGGUACUCUCGACUUUCAGGUCAUGUUGCUUUCUUCGCAGGAUCUUUUUCAUCGAUCUCAUUGGUAUCGGUCCUGCUCCCAGCCCUGCUAGGGCGUCUUAUUUUUGCUGUGUGGAUUAUUUUGCCUAUCGUGGUUGCUCGUAACUUCGUCCAAUUCAUAUAUCUGUGGAUCUACCAAAGGAUCAUGACGUUAAUAUUCAAAAUACUUGGCUUUUGGUAUCGGUUCCUGGAUGACAUGUCGGUUGCUCGUAACUUCGUCCAAUUCAUAUGUAUGUGGAUCUACCAAAGGAUCAUGACGUUAAUAUUCAAAAUACUUGGCUUUUGGUAUCGGUUCCUGGAUGACAUGUCGGUUGCUCGUAACUUAGUCCAAUUCAUAUGCCUGUGGAUCUACCAAAGAAUCGUGACGUUAAUAUUCAAAAUACUUGGUUUUUGGUAUUGGUUCCUGGAUGACAUGUCGAUUGAGGAACAAGCAGAGUACCCUGUGGAGAAUCUGGAGAUUAUUAUUGCCAAUUAAUUGUGUUCCA